AUGGACCGUAAUCAAGAGCAUACUUUGAAGCGUUAUGAACACAAAACAAUUUGUUUUGAUGGCACUCAUGGUACAAAUCCUAACGACUUCAUUUUACAUACAAUGCUAGUAACAGAUGUUGAUUGUGAAGGCUAUCCAGUUGCAUUCUUAUUAUCUAAUAGAAAUGAUGAAGUAGUUUUUAGUGUUCUACUUGGACAAAUAAAAGUUCAAGUUGGCAAUGUGUUACCGAAAACCAUAAUGUCGGAUAUAAAGAUGUCUUAUUUUAAUGGCUGGGUUAAAAUUAUGGGUCCUAUGAACGAAAAACUUUUUUGUAUAUGGCAUGUGCAUGAAGCAUAG